UGUUGGAAAGCUAUGUUCUUCUCUAGGGUAUGUGUUAUAGUGAUGAAAUCAUCAUUAACCCUUGAGAAAUGAUGACUACUGGAUAUGCAAAGCUACAGCAAGACGUUUAGGAAAUAAUGGUCAUCAAAUAUUUAUAGUGGAUAGCCACAUUAUGGGCUGGAUAUGAAAUAAACAGGACAACGCCUUCCAUAUUUCCAUCAUAUUCAUUGGACAUUUAACUGCAUGAACUAACAAGAGGCGCAACAUUCCCUGAAAUAACUGGAUUUGCAGAAGAAGAUGCCAACUUGCAAACCAGAGGACAUGUACUGGAUAGAAGGCUCUCAGAGAGAAAAUGGACUGGAGCAUUUCUACACACUGGGCCAAGAGCUUGGAAGAGGAGCCACUUCUGCUGUUUUCAGAUGCGAGGAGAAAAGAACACAAAAACUUUAUGCUGCAAAAAUUAUUCAAAAGACUAUUGACAAAAAAAUUGUAAGAACUGAAAUUGGAGUGCUGCUGCGUCUUUCACACCCUAACAUUAUUAAACUCAAGGAAAUCUUUGAGACAUCAUCUGACAUUGUGCUAAUUCUAGAACUGGUUACAGGAGGGGAACUUUUUGACAGGAUUGUAGAGCGUGGCUUUUACAGUGAAAGAGAUGCGGCGCGUGUUGUCCAACAAAUCCUGGAGGCGGUUUCUUAUUUACAUGGAAAUGGAGUAGUUCACCGUGACCUAAAACCAGAAAAUCUUCUCUAUGCUGACAUGUCCCCUGAUUCCCUUCUUAAAAUAGCGGACUUUGGUCUGUCAAAAAUCAUUCAUGAUCAGGUAGCCAUGAAGACCGUAUGCGGAACACCAGGAUACUGUGCUCCAGAAAUUCUUCAGGGUUCCCCAUAUGGCCCAGAAGUUGACAUGUGGUCUGUUGGAGUCAUUGCAUACAUCUUGUUAUGUGGCUUUGAACCAUUUUUUGACCCACGGGGUGAUCAGUACAUGUACAGCAGGAUCCUCACCUGCGACUAUGAAUUGAUUUCUCCCUGGUGGGAUGAAAUCUCUUUGAAUGCAAAGGACCUGGUGAAGAAGCUGAUUGUGCUGGAUCCACAGAAAAGACUAACAGUUUCUCAGGCUUUGCAGCAUCCCUGGGUAACCGGAAGAGCUGCUAAGUUUUCUCAUAUGGAUCAAACACAAAAGAAACUUCAGGAAUUUAAUGCAAAGCGCAAGCUUAAGGCAGCCAUGAAAGCUAUAGUAGCGUCAAGCCGCUUAGGAAGCCACAGUCAUGUUGAGAACUCAAGAUGCCUACAAAGCUCAGAAGAUCCACAAAAAUGUAAUUUUUCAGGUUCUAAAGCUGGAGAACCCCAUUCACCAACUGAACAACAAGGUAUCUUGCAGGACCCAUCUCCUGAACCUGUACAACAAGAGCAUUCUAUAGGCACACUCAUUGGGACUGAUAGCUAA